UAAGAAUCCAUUAUUUCCUCAACAUGACUCCUGUAGUCAUUAUUUUGUUGAGUAUUGUCAUCGGUGUCUCCUGCCAAGAAUCUCAUUAUCAAUCGCCACAUCAAGCGGCGAUUUUAAGCGACGCGCGUUAUCUCGCAGGUGAUGGCACAUUCGGUGCUGCCUACUCUCAAGAAGACGGAGUGGAAUUUAAAGAGGAAAGCGACAUAGAAGGUAAUCGACGUGGAUCAUACUCAUACAUCGACCCAACCGGGCAAAGACGCACCGUAACUUAUACAGCGGGAAAGAAUGGAUUCCAAGCGACCGGAGAUCACAUUCCUAGCGCACCCCCGCAAGUACCACCGCAGCCGGAAUACAUACCGUUGGCGCAAUAUAAUCCGUCAGAUUAUCAGCCUCCGAGUUACGCACCACCAUCCCCUCAACAAUAUUCACGGCGUUAUCAACCGGAUUAUGAGCUACAAUCUGUCGUUUAUCAACCACAGCCUCAACUGCAGCCUCAACCACAGCCUCAACCACAGCUUCAACCGCAAUACCAGCCGCAGCCGCCACCUCGCUAUCAUUAUCUUUCAGAGUUGCAAGGUAUACCCUCGUAUGCGCCACCGAGGCCACACUAUCAAUCCCAACUUCGCCCCGCAUCACAAUAUAAAGUGAUAACGACACCGGCCUCGGUUCCGGCGACGUCCCGAAAUUUUUACCCACCGGGAAAGCUCAGCUUCAAUCGGACUCCCGAUGGCUUCUCUUAUACGUUCAGCAAAAGUUGAGU